UCGGCACGUGCGCGGCCCCCGCCUCCCAGCAGCGCGGAGCAGCCCCCCGUUCCCGCCCAGCAGAGCGCAGCGCCCUCCUGGCGGCGGCGCGAUGCUGUGCUUCCUGAGGGGAAUGGCCUUCAUCCCCUUCCUCCUGGUGACCUGGUCGUCCGCCGCCUUCAUCAUCUCCUACGUGGUCGCCGUGCUCUCCGGGCACGUCAACCCCUUCCUCCCCUACAUCAGUGAUACAGGAACAACACCUCCAGAGAGUGGUAUUUUUGGAUUUAUGAUAAACUUCUCUGCAUUUCUUGGUGCAGCCACGAUGUACACAAGAUAUAAAAUAGUAGAGAAGCAAAACCGAACGAGCUAUUUCAGCACUCCUGUUUUAAACUUGGUGUCAUUAGUUCUAGGAUUGGUGGGAUGCAUCGGAAUGGGCAUUGUAGCCAAUUUCCAGGAGUUAGCUGUCCCUGUGGUACACGAUGGCGGUGCCCUUUUGGCGUUUGUCUGCGGUGUUGUGUACACGCUGCUGCAGUCCAUCAUCUCUUACAAAUCGUGUCCCCAGUGGAACAGCCUUUCCACGUGCCGCAUACGGAUGGCCAUCUCUGCUGUUUCCUCUGCAGCCAUCAUCCCCAUGAUUGCCUGUGCUUCGCUAAUUUCUAUAACCAAGCUGGAGUGGAAUCCAAAAGAAAAGGAUUACGUAUAUCAUGUAGUGAGUGCGAUCUGUGAAUGGACAGUGGCCUUUGGUUUUAUUUUCUACUUUCUAACAUUCAUCUACGAUUUCCAGAGUGUCACCCUAAGGAUAUCCACAGAAAUCAAUGGUGAUGUUUGAAGAAAGGAGAAUACAAUCUCACUCAGUGAAAGUGGCAGUCAAUUUCUAGAAGUGGCACAGAGGACAGACAGGGUUUUAAUGCCGCCCUGCGUGGAAUUCACCUGCACCACACCCAGGACUUGAACUUCUUUAAGAAUUACCAAUAGUUGUACUAUUUCCAAAGGUAUGUUUUCCUAGGGAAUGUAGAGCAUUUAUGACAUUGUAGCAAUGUUUUUAUAAUUUUCUAAGUAGGCGCUUUUUUAUAUUAACAAAUUCAUUACAGAGAAGGUAGGUGUUCCAGAAAAUGGAGACCUCUUAUGUUUUGUACAGAUUCUGUUUUGUUUCUUUGUGUGUAAGAGAUUUACGGAAAUACUACUAAAGGAGGAAUUCAUUAAAAAGUAAAAUCAGGGGAUAUUCAUUUUAAAAUUUAAUUUUUAGAGAAUGCACUGUAUAAUUUUAUAUCUCAAGAGCAUCUAUAAAAUUCAAUUUAUAAUGAUCAUUAAGAUUUCGUUAAUAAACUAACACUAAGAGACUAUGAUUUUUAGAUGAACCAAGCAAAGUACUUCUAUUGAAAGGCCUUAAUACCACUAAGCACAUUAACUCAGU